AUGGAAAAUAUUAAUAUUAUUAUUUCAUCUUUAUCAGGUGAAAAAUUAAAACGAUAUGUACCUGUGUAAACAAAAAUCAUUGACAUUAAGGAAUUUAUUGCUUAAAAGAAAGGAGUGCCAAUUUAAGCAAUUUCAUUAAAAUUUAAUGCUAAGGACUUAGAUGAUUAAAAAACUAUUUAAGAGUGUAAUAUAAAAAAUGGAAAUAGCAUAAUAUUGAUGAUAAAGAAGAUUUUAAAUUAAAACUUUGGGAAUGUUCAAGAUGUUUAGACAUAAUUAAUUUAAAAAAAUGAAGAAUAAUAUAAAGAAUUAUUAGAUAUUGGAUACUCUGAAAAUGAUAUUAUUGAUGCUUUGAAAAAGACUAAUAAUAAUUAUUAAGAAGCAUUAAUUUUAUUAUCAAAUAACAUAAUCAAAAAUAUUGAAGAAGAAAUUUAAUUUAAAAUUCCUACCUAAAAAGAAUAAUAUUAGGCUUUGCUUUCAGAAUAAAUUGUUAGUGAAUUAAGAUAAAGAGUAUCUAAUCAAAAUGAGUGGAAUAAUACCAUAGAAACUAUUAAAUAAUAAAAUGUGUAAUUAUCAGUUCUUAUAUAACAAAAUUAAGAUCAAUUUAGACAUUUAUAAUAAUAGCAUGUUAUAGAAAAUAUAAUUAACAUUGACGAAGAAGAUUUAAAAAUGUUAACAUAAUUGAGAGGUUUUAAAGGAAAUUUAGAUGAUAAAUCUAUACUCAAAAUAUACUUAAAAAAUGAUAGAGAUCUUUUUUCAACAAUGUAAGAAAUAGAAAAUUUGUAAGAGUGA